AUGGGAUUCGGAAAGCCUGUUCCGUUAUCAAUUGAGCAGAUCAAAUCUGAAGUCAUUGAUCGAUUUGUGUUUGCUGCCAAAUUUGCUUUCGAACUGGGAUUCGAUGGAGUACAGCUCCAUGCUGCUCACGGAUAUUUACUUUCUCAGUUUUUGUCACCACUCACUAAUAAACGUACUGAUCAAUAUGGUGGCUCUGCUGAAAAUCGAAUGCGAAUCGUCCAAGAAAUAUUCCAGGCCAUAAGGAAAGAAAUUGACCCUUCGACGGGCUUUCUCGUUGGAAUAAAAACCAAUUCAGUCGAGUUUCAGGAUAAUGGUCUAAAAGUCGACGAUGCAAAAUUGAUGUGUCGAAUGAUGGAGAAAACGAAAGUGUAUGUAACUGGUGGGUUCCGUACCGCACCAGCAAUGGUAAAGGCCGUUACUGACGGAACUACUGAUGGAAUUGGGCUUGGAAGACCAAUCACAGCUGAACCGGAUCUUCCUGCGAAAAUUCUAAGAGGUGAAUGUUUCGCUGCUGCUGAUACGCAACUUGACCAAGAUGACUUUGGUAUCACAUCCACUGCCAGUAAUACGCAAAUGGGACAGAUG